GCAAGAAAGAACACCAUGGCCGACAACGAUUUGUUGGACUACGAGGAAGAGCAGGAGCAGAGUGCGGAGGAAAGCUUACCCCAAGUAAAGAAACCCAUUGGAGGCUACGUGUCCAUUCACAGCUCGGGCUUCAGGGAUUUUCUUCUGAGGCCCGAGCUUCUACGCGCCAUCGUGGACUGCGGCUUCGAACACCCGUCCGAAGUACAACACGAGUGCAUACCACAGGCAAUCCUGGGCAUGGACAUCCUGUGUCAGGCCAAGUCUGGCAUGGGAAAGACCGCCGUGUUCGUCCUGGCUACCCUGCAGCAGCUGGACCCCGUCGAAAACCAGGUGUCCGUGCUCGUGAUGUGCCACACCCGAGAGCUGGCCUUCCAGAUAUCCAAGGAGUACGAGCGUUUCUCCAAGUAUCUGCCUUCAGUGCGUGUGGGCGUGUUCUUUGGCGGCAUGAACAUCACCAACGACGAGAAGGCGCUCGCGGGCAGCUGUCCCCAUAUCGUGGUGGGCACACCCGGUAGAGUCCUGGCCCUCGUUCGCAGCCGUAAACUGCAGCUGAGGCACGUCAAACACUUCGUUCUGGACGAGUGCGACAAGGUGCUCGAGCAACUGGACAUGCGUCGGGACGUCCAGGAGAUAUUUCGCGCCACUCCUCACGAGAAGCAGGUCAUGAUGUUCAGCGCUACGCUGAGCAAGGACAUCAGGCCCAUUUGCCUCAAGUUUAUGCAAGACCCGAUGGAGGUGUACGUGGACGACGAGGCCAAGCUGACGCUGCACGGUCUGCAGCAGUACUACGUGAAGCUGAGGGAAAACGAGAAGAACCGCAAGCUGAUUGAGCUGCUCGAUUUCCUCGAGUUCAACCAGGUGGUCAUCUUUGUCAAAACAGUCCAGCGCUGCGUGGCUCUUGCGCAGCUGUUGGUGGAACAGAACUUCCCCGCCAUCGCAAUCCACCGUGCCAUGACUCAGGAGGAAAGGCUGUCCCGCUACCAGCAGUUCAAAGACUUUCAGAAGCGGAUCCUCGUGGCCACAAACUUGUUCGGGCGGGGUAUGGAUAUUGAGAGAGUUAACAUCGUCUUCAACUACGAUAUGCCUGAAGACUCAGACACAUACCUCCACAGGGUUGCUAGAGCUGGACGUUUUGGCACCAAGGGGUUGGCGCUGACAUUUGUAGCUGAUGAGCAGGACGCAAGAACCUUAAAUGAAGUACAGGACCGGUUCGACGUGAACGUCUCCGAGCUGCCCGAGGAAAUCGACAUUUCCUCUUAUAUCGAAGGUCGCUGACCUAUAUUAUGGUCU